AUGGGUAAAACAGUAUCCAAACUAUCAAAAGAAGAUAUCAAAAAGCUUCGAGAAAAUACAUAUUUUGAUAAAAGAGAACUACAACAAUGGUAUAAAGGAUUUCUAAGAGAUUGUCCUAGUGGUCAACUAUCGGAAGAUGAAUUUGUUAAAGUUUAUAGACAAUUUUUCCCAUUUGGUAAACCAGAAGAUUAUUGUCAUUAUUUGUUUCAACAAUUUGAUCAAGAUAAUUCUAAAUUUAUAGAUUUUAAAGAAUUUAUAUUAGCUUUAAGUAUAACCACAAGAGGUACAGAAGAACAAAAAGUUGCUUGGACUUUUAAGUUUUUUGAUUAUAAGAAAAAAAACGAAUUAACUUAUAAUGAUAUUUUACCAAUAAUAGUAGCAACUUAUAAAAUGAUUGGAUCAAUGAUUGCAUUACCAGAAGAUGAAAAGACUCCUGAAUUAAGAACUGAAAAAUGGUUUUAUUUGUUGGGUAAAAACAAAGAUACUGAUGUUUUGACUUUAGAAGAUUUUAAAAUUUUAGCUAAAAAGGAUCCUCUGAUUCAUACUGCUUUAAAUACAUAUCAAGGUUUAGUAUGA